CUUAAUGCUAUAGAGAAACUGUGGACAGGCCAGUCACGGUUGAGCGGCUCCCACAAUGUCAAAAAGAUCCGGUUCUAUACGGUCCACCUAGUGACGUACUAUAUGUCUGCCUCUUGGGAACAGACCCGGGACCUCUGCGUUAUCUCAGUUGCUGAGGAUGCCUUCGAUACUUUAAUCUACAAGUCAGGAUUAAAAGUAGGGCAAGGCAAAGCCCGAAAGCCACCUGUACAAGUAGACGACGAUUCGAAUGCCUCUCUUGCGAAUGGCCUGGCUCGGCUGCGUACCACUUCUGCUCAACGGAAUUUGCUCGCUACAGUCUCACAGGUCGCACGAUAUGUUGACGGUACUAUUGAACCUAGUCAGCGUGAGUGUUGGUUCAAAGAAAGCGAUGUUCUCAUUUGGGAGUUAGUCAACACAUAUAAGAAUCAUAAAGCCGGAGAUCUAGAACCAGAGUUACCUUUUUUCCAUAUUUCGAUAUCGCAUGAGACGCAAGUAGUUAAUACGGAAGACGAGGAUCCAAUCGAGUUUAUCCACUCGGUGACUCUAGGUUCGUUUGAUCCUGACGACGAAUUCACCGAACCACUACUGAAUGGAGAUCUAGAAAUAUCCGACGCAGGAGUUAUUCUCAUUCACGGUGGAGCAAAUACAAGGGAAGGGCGGAGUCCAUCCGAUCUUUGCGUCUAUAUUGUCCACGGCUCUACGCAAACACCAAAUCAGGAUGAGCUAACACGAAUGAUUAAGACGGCGUUUGUAGAUCGCGACGUGUACCACACGACUAGGGAUAAUGGAACAUUGAACCUACAUGACUCGAAACCCCGCCUUACCUGGAACAUAAAGAAGUCGUAUGGUGUCUUCUUCUCAUACGGACGAGAAAGCUUUGUCAAGUGGCUCCGGCAUUGGAACAAGCCGCUUCCUGAAAGGCAAGGCUCCCCCAGAGGCGCGACCGAUUCGGGACGCCUCAUCUUUGAACGAGAAUACAGCCCAUGGCACGACCCUCGUGGCCUUUAUGGCGGUCCACUUGCCGAAAAGAAGGAGGAGAUCCUCAAAGAGUUGUUUAGAAUGGAGGUAACAGCCUGGGCACACAUUGCACGGGAGAAAACCCGCCAGGGGACUAUUUGCUGUGUGCUCUGCUCAGAAAAUGGGGACUACCGAAUGGAAGACGAUGACGAAGAAUACCGCUAUUGUCGAAAAUUUGGGUUCAUUUCGGGCCUGUGCGAUGAAUGGCAAGAACAAUCAGACAUCAGUAUCGGCUAUGGAUUUCCGGUAUGGACGAAACGGCUUCCAAGGAAAGCUCUCAAAAAGGCGAUUUCCAGCGCCUCACCAACUCCGACACAGGAUCUAGUCUCUCAAGACGCAUACUGUCAGAUAUUGAUGAAUCAGACAGCAUGUCGGAUGAAUUACCUGAGGGAAUUGCUUCGAAUCCUUCUGACUCAGAAAGGACAGCCCUUGGUGUAAGUAUAACG